GUCAGCAGUCCCCGCCUUAAAUUAUAAAAAUCAAUUGUUCGAUUUUUUUUUUUUUUCUUUUUUUCCCCACCAAAUCAGAAUAGAUGGUUGGUGUUAUCUGACUGCGAGGACGCGCGGCUGUCGGAUGCACUAAAAACAUCUGGAGAACUCAGACUGGAAUCAUAACUCUCAUUUGUGCAUUUUUGUAAUUUAAUAGUCAUCCUGAUAAUUUGACUGGAAACAAUCCGAGCGGUUUUGAAGAGAUGCAUCUCACCUCAGCCUGGGUUGGCUGGGCGCUGUGCUGCUUGUGGGCAUCUUUGGCCGCGAGCGCGCAGGACUACCCCGAGGACGACGAGAUGAUCCUGGACCUGAUCCGCGAGGACGGGACUCAACCCGAAACCGGAGCCGAGCCCGCUGCUGAGUUCCUUAAGUGCAACAAGGCAGCGUGGCGCAUGCCCGGUCAGUACCUGGUCGUGCUGCGUCAGGGGACGCACGACUCUCACGUGCAAAGGACCAUCAGGAGACUGAGAGCCAAAGCAGCCAGGAGAGGUUACCUGUUGGAGAUCCUGCAGACAUACUCUGGAGCUCUGCACGGCUUCCUGGUCAAGAUGAGCAGUGACGUCCUUCACCUGGCGGUGAAGCUCCCUCAGGUCCACUACAUAGAGGAGGACUCGUCCGUCUUUGCUCAGAGUGCCCCCUGGAACCUCCAGAGGUUACUGCAGCCUCAUGGUGGGACCUCUGAAAACGGAACAUACAGGCCACCUAACGAUGGAGGGAUGGCGGAGGUGUAUCUGAUGGAUGGCAGUGUUCAGAGUUCUCACAGAGAGGUUGAAGGACGAGUGCUCAUCACAGACUUCAACAACGUCCCUGAAGAGGAUGGAGUCAGAGUUCACAGACAGGACAGUCAGUGUGACAGUCACGGCACACACGUGGCGGGGGUUGUGAGUGGGUCGGAUUCUGGUGUUGCUCGAGGCGCCGGUGUUAACCUGGUCCGUGUGCUCAACUGUCAGGGGAAAGGGACCGUGUCAGGAGCUCUGGCGGGUAUGGAGUAUAUCCGAGCAACUUUGCUUGUCCGUCCAGUGGACGCUGUGGUUGUUUUGCUGCCUUUCAUUGGUGGUUUCAGCCGUUCGCUAAACGCAGCCUGUCGGGACUUGGUGGCGAACGGAGCUGUUGUCAUCGCUGCUGCGGGGAACUACAGAGACGAUGCCUGUCUCUACUCACCUGCUUCAGAGCCUGAGGUCAUCACCGUAGGGGCAGUUAACUCAGCGGACCAGCUCAUGUCACAGGGAGCGGGUGGCACCAACUUUGGCCGCUGCGUUGAUCUGUUUGCACCCGGCGAUGACAUCGUCAGUGCCAGUAGUGACUGCAGCACCUGUUUCACCUCCCGGAGUGGAACCUCCCAGGCUGCUGCGCACGCUGCUGGUGUAGCAGCAGUGAUCCUGUCGUCCAAUCAGAACCUGUCGCCGGUGCAGGUCCUGCACGUGCUGCUGCAUUAUUCCAUCGGCAACACAAUCGACUUCCUCUCUCUGUCUGACACACAUCGUCUCGGUACUCCAAACCUGGUAGCAGCCAUGCCUCCUGCCAACAGCACAAAUGGCGAGCUUCUGUGUCGGUCAGUGUGGUCAGAGAGGUCAGGGGUCACGAGUACCGCCAAGGCUAUGAGUCGCUGUCUCCUGGGGGAGGAGAUGAUGAGCUGCAGCAGCUACACUCCUGACGGUGUUCACGCGGGAGAAACCAUCACUGUGAACAGCGGGCAGAUGGAGUGCGUUGCCUAUAACUCUCGGGGGGGUAAAGGUGUGUAUGCCGUGGCGCGUUGCUGUGCGUAUGGGGGUCUGCAGUGCCAGGUCCAUGCUAGUCCUGAGCCCGGACGAGAUGCUGAGUGUGUGAGCCCGCAGCACCACCUGACCGGCUGUACGUCUCGGUCCGCUGCUGAGAUCUCGUCUGGCUCGCGCCCCCAUCACGGGGAUCGGAAGCGCUGUGUUGUAAAAGACGGGGGGGUGUCAUCUCAUGCCGUGUGCUGCCACGCUCCAUCUCUGGAGUGCCACCUGUUGGAAAACACAUCAGCUGAUAAAGAUCAGCUCCAGGUGUCCUGUCCCUCUGGCUGGACUCUGACAGACUGCAGCACCAUCGCUGGCUCUGUCAUCUUGUGGUCAGUUGCUAAGGGCAACAGUUGCCACGUCCGCAGUGCCACGGGAGUCGAUGGGGCAGCUGGAAUCGCUGUCUGCUGUCGCGUCCGACCACCACCGGACCAGCCCGCUACAACUCCUCAGUGAUCGGGUCUCACGCCACUUUAGUCCAACAGCUUUGAUUUUGUUUUUCUCUAAUGCAGAUGUCUCUAAUGUUGUCAUCUUUGUCUGUAAUCAGUGACUGUACGCACUUCUGUAAUGCCGUUUGUGUGUUUCAGUUUUAGGAUUAGGUCAAAAAUAUGAUCCAGCACACAUUUGUAUUACUGUCUCAGACUUAUGUCUCAUCUAGUAGACUUCUGUCUUGUUAGCUAUUUUAAAACCAUAUAGUUUGUAAAAUGUAACCAAAUAUUUUUGUACCUUGUAAAAAACAAUUAUGAUAAAUAGAGCCUUAACGUACAUCAUUUAUGUAUUUAAAAAAAAAGAAGGAAAAAAACGAGGCCUAUUUUGUUUUUUG